GCUCAACAUCACCACACGCUCUCCCCCUCGUUCGCUGCGAAUGCGAAAGCAAAAGGUCAAUCAGCUCAAGUCAUGUCGACUGCGGCCACGUCAAGCACGCUAGUCUCGGCACCUGGAAAGGUCCUCUUGGCAGGCGGAUACCUGGUUCUAGAUCCGGCCUACGUGGGCGUCGUCGUAGCGACCGAUGCGAGAUUCUACUCCCUGGUCAGAUGCACAGCAUUGGAUGGAGGGGAUGGUGCUCCUUCGAGAUCAGAGGUAGGGAUUCAAAUCGUCUCGCCUCAAUUCUUGCAGGCGGAAUGGGAGUUCUUAGUCAAGAAGCGCGAGGCGGGAUGGACUUUUGCGCAAAGCAGAGAGUCGCACGCCUCUGCAAGUGCGGGCCCCAACCCAUUCCUCUCCCUCUCCCUGUUGUACGUCUUGCGGCUGGCCCUGCAGGUACUCGGGCAAGAUGCAGUGGAGAGAGCGCUGGGCAGUGGGCUGCAAAUACACGUGCUAGGUGAUAAUGACUUUUAUUCUCAACGAAUCGAAGGGCAAUCGAGAGCUCCGACAUCUGCCGAGCUGCGCGCUCUUCCACCGUUCAACAAGCAGUCUUGUAUAGUCAAAGAUGUGCACAAGACUGGUCUGGGUUCAUCAGCCGCCAUGACCACUUCGCUCGUGGGAAGCUUGAUGCUGCACUUGGGACUCGUCGGAUCGGGCCCCGCUCCAUCGCACACAUCCUCGUUCGAUGCUUUGAAAGGACCACGGGAGGAAAGGAGAUUGAAUCCCACAGAUCUAGGCUUGGUGCACAAUACGGCUCAAUUGGUCCACUGCGCGGCGCAGGGAAAAGUCGGAAGCGGAUUCGACGUCAGCUCGGCCGUCUGGGGGAGCCAUCUGUACAGACGGUUUGACCCGAUUGCCAUCAAUCAUUUGAUGGACGGGACCAAAGUUGGGGCUGAAGGGGAGGGAGAAGUUCCUCUGCGAAGCGAAGCCGAUCUUGGUAAAGCUCUAUCACCAUCGAACAAGAUCUGGCAGCCUUCCCCGUUGCACUCGGACGCAAGCACAAGCGAACGCGGGACAAAUCCGACAGCAGUAGAAGGUCUGCACUUUUCUUCGACCGCAUCUCAGCAAACACAUCGUCCAGCUCCAUUAUCCCUUCCUCCUCACAUCUCUCUCAUCCUAGCAGACAUCAAUGCCGGCUCUUCGACGCCAAGCCUAGUUUCCAAAGUCAACGCCUGGAAAAAGGCGAAACCUGAUUGGGCCAAGCAGCUGUUCAGCAUUUUGGCAGCUAGCAAUGCUAACCUUGCCGAUGGACUUUUGGCUUUGGGAUUGGAGUACGGUAGGGAUGCCAAGGCUUACAAUGAAGCUAUCAAGCUGGCUGCGAGCCAGAGGAGCAAAGAUUGGGACGCAACGCUUCGUUCUCUGCCUGCAUCGAACGUGGCGCACACCCCUCCCUCGCCGUCAUCGCAAUCGAGCAUUCUGACGCUCUUGAUAGAAGUUCGAAAUGCUCUCAGAUCCAUCAGAGCGGGCAUGAGGGAGCUGGGCCAGCGAGCCGGCGCGCCUAUAGAGCCGGACGAGAUGGGAAGAGUCCUCAGAGCUUCAACGGAUGGAGCUGAUGGAGUUUUGGGAGGCGGAGUACCUGGUGCGGGAGGCUUCGAUGCGCUCUACCUGCUCUACCUCGACCCUUCUCCAGAGACGUCGUCAAACAGACAUGCCAUAGAAGACUUGUGGUCAGGAUGGAAGACGGAUGGACUUUGUGUCGGACCCUUGUUGUGUGGAGCGGUUGAUGCUGGGGUUGAACAAUGGGGAGCCUUGAGGAAAGCUUUGCCCGAGAGCAAUUUGGCAGGCGAGUCUGAAGAGCAAGCUUUAUCGGUCAGCGGUGCUGCUCAGAGCGUGGAUCGUGCGCGAGAAUCGCAGCCGGGAGCAGGGUUUCGAGUAGAGAGGUUGGAGAAUGUGAAAGGAUUGCAUCGCGCCAUCCAGAGGAUUUGAUGCGCGGUGCGCUUUAGAACAAUGUGAUACUGGCACAGGCCGCACUUGCACCUUGCGUACCUCGCACCUUUUGAAAGCGCCAG